AUGGCUGCGUUGGUUCAAACCAUCCCGCAACAGAGUGGCACGGUUCCUGUGCUCCAGACGCGUCCUUCUUCCUCAUCGGGCACUUUCGCCUCCUCCCACAACUCCGGUCCUCGAUAUCAGAAUAUGUCGUGGACUUCUUUUAAUGCUGGCAACUCGGGGAGUUAUCGAUCCGGUCACCAGGUUGUGGCUCCAUACGCAUUUCCACCUAACGUGACCCACACGCCAAAUCAUCAACAUCGCCAGUCGUGGUCCCCAUCCCCACAUCUCCGCCCGGAGCACCGUACUUUCUCUGCUCCUCAGGGAACAUCAGGCCCCCAUCCCGGGUCGAUUCCUCGAGGCGCCCAUGCUGCAGCUGGCUCUGUAUCAAACUCGUCUUCAUCGAAUUCGUCUUUCCGCUCCCACGUCUCAAAGGAUGAUAGUGCAAUUCCAUCCCGUCAAUCACGACCCGAUCACCCCCUCCGUCCCCUUUCCACUGCCAAUCUUCCUCCUGUCAUGACCGCAUCUUCCUCGGCCAGUCCGGCCAAACCAUCUCCCAAUCGCUAUCGCCGCUCAAAUCAGCGGGACGGCGCCCGCUCACAAUCUCCUGCCCCCUCAACUCCUACGAAUGUCGAUGAUCAGACUCCAGCCUCUCUGACACGGCCUGUUUUACGACCGAAUGGCCACACGCGCGUCUCGAGUGUAGAUGAUUCUUCUCACCUCGAAAGGCAACCUCCGGACACAGCUAAGCGAUACCGCCGACGAAGCAUGGGCAACAUGGAUCCAGGGUCUUACCCGGACCUUCAGCUUCAAAUGCCCCCCACAAGCCCCCCCGCAGACUGGCUCGCUCGAGGUCCGUCACCUGAUCCUACCCCUGCAAGCAAGCCCGAAGAAAAGCGAGCGGCCAAGCCUUCGCCGUUGUCGCAGCCCGCGACCUCCCCCGAAUCUCCAUCGACCGAAGCCGAUACGAAAACGCUCGCAUCCCCCACACCUGAUUCUCCGGCAGCGAAACGUUUGGCUGAACUCAAGAACGAUGCUGGCAAGCGCCCCGGUAAAUCACGUUUGCGUCGUGCCUUCUCCUUUGGAAGUGCAUCAGAGCUCCUUAAAGCUACUUCGCAGAGCAAACGAGAAGCAAUUGCAGCGGAAAAGGCUCGCAAGGAGGCGCUGCGUGAGGAACUCGGCGAUGAGCAGGCCGCCAUUGCGGAACAACAAGAAGCAAGCGGAUUGGGAGAGAGUAUCUAUAGCCACCAGGGCAACUUCUUUACUGGAUCUACAGAUGCCCUCUCGAUUUCCUCCACCGCAUCCUCCGCUUCCAUGAUGCUUCGAAAAAUGGGCAAGGGCAUGAAGAAGGGCACUCGGUCUUUGGUCGGCAUGUUCCGCCCGAAGUCAAUUGCCAGCAUUAAUGAAGCAGAAGCUCAAGCCACGGAUACGGCCGCACCACAGAUAUCCGUCGUUAAUGUCGAAGCAGACCGGGAAAGUGUUGCUGUCAACCCCGACCCACAGGAUAUGCCUCGUGGAGGUACUGUGUUCCCCAAGGUGGAACUUGGAGCCGACGUGCGACGGUCCGCUUCUAUCCGUGAGGCCGAAAGAGUCACCGCGGAUCCUUCUCGAUCGCGUAAGAGCAUCGUAGGAGGGGACCAUGAGCGAGCGGAGGUCUUGUCCCAUAUGCGACGUGGCAUCCUGAAGAAAACCAAUUCCGACGGAUCUGUUCCCGUCGCUCUAAUCGGUGGCAAUGAUUCCCCGCAUUCGAGUGCUCCAGCCACCCCGGAUGAGACAUCCCGACAGAGUCCUCGUCCCACUGAACAGGUAACAAUUGCCGGCGAAGAUUACUUCCUUUCAACCGGUGGGCGCUACACCUCAACGGAUGCUAAGAGUGCUCCAAUCACCCCUCAGACGGUAGGCGGACGAAAUAUUGUGUUUAGUCCUCGUAUCCAAUUCCACGAGACAUGGCCCAGUGGCGAGUAUGAUCGUCGCGGGGAGAUUGCGACUUGCAAUCGUCUCACCCCCCUGCUGGCUCAGCAGAUCCGUGAGGAAAUCAACAACUUUAAGAUGGAAAUGGAGGUUCACGAAAACUCCAAGAUUUACACGCACUUCAUUUGA